UUGGAGGCGGGGGUUUGGGGGCGGAGCAGCGAGCGGGGGGAGGAUGUGUUGAGAGGAGGGAGGAUUUGGUGGGUGGAUGGUCGCGGCGGCGGCGGCGGCGCGGUCGUGGAGUGGAGGAGCAGCGCGCUACGUCGUCGUCGUUCAUGGGCAGGUCGUUCAGGGACUCGCUCAAGGUGCUCGAGGCCGACAUCCAGCACGCCAACUCGCUUGCUGCUGAAUUUAGAAGGGAAUAUGAUGGUGCCUGUCUUCAGAUGAGGAUGUCAUACUGUCCAGCUGCACACUUCUUCCUUUUUCUUGUGCAAUGGACAGAUUGCAACCUUGCUGGUGCACUUGGGCUAUUGAGGAUUCUUAUUUAUAAGGUUUAUGCUGAUGGGACAACCACCAUGUCUACUCAUGAAAGGAAAGCAAGCAUUAGGGAAUUCUAUGCUGUCAUAUUUCCUUCUUUGAUGCAACUAAAUGAAGGGAUCAAUGAAGUGGAAGACAAAAAACAAAAGGCAAUCUGUAUAGAGAGGUAUAGGAGACGAGAUGAAGAUCAGAAAAUGGUGAUUUCAGAGAUUGAUGAUAACAUAGAGGAGGAAUGUGGUAUAUGUAUGGAGAUAAAUAACAAAGCCGUUCUUCCAACUUGUAGCCAUGCUAUGUGCAUCAAAUGCUACCGUGACUGGAGAUCAAGAUCCCAGUCUUGCCCAUUCUGCCGCGACAGUCUCAAGAGAGUAAACUCUGCCGACCUGUGGAUAUAUACAGAUACCAGGGACAUAGUGGACAUGGCAACGGUAAGAAAAGAGAACCUUAGGCGGCUCUACAUGUACAUAGACAAGCUGCCUACGGUCAUCCCUGAAACUGUUUUUGAUGUUUACGAUUCCGAUGUAAAAUGACUGAACAGAACUCAUGCACCGAUUCUUACUGGUGUGCUACUGCUAGUGCUGUAGAAAUUAUGGAACCCUUGGCGUUCAUGCUGCCCUCUUGUAAUGCGUAGCAGCUCUGUCGAGGAGGCUCGCUAUAGUAAGGUAUAUAUAUGUAAAUUGUUCUUGGCUGUAUGCCUGUAUCAUGUGUGCCUUUGUUAGGAAAAUCUGAUGGCGUCAGUUUGUAAGUAACAAACCAGCAGCAACCAUUGACUUUGUUUCUUGUAAUUCUAAGCAAUUUCACCCCCCAUGAAACCGUGAAGAAGGCCUUUCAGAGUUCUGACGUCUUCAUCAUGUUGUAUUCGUUCUUAUUGAAAUAUGGAACAUAAAAGAUUUAAUCUUUUGUGAUUUUUGUGAUAUCUAUUUAAUAGUAUACAUAAUGAAAUAAA